UUGCAUUUUGAAGUGAAGUCGAUUCCGUGACGGACUGCCGAAUGCCUAAGGACAAAUUGAGAAGAUGACUUUGUACAUCGUCUUCCUCGGUGUUCUCCUCGGGUUAGUGCAGAAUUCAAACACAAAAGUUUUCACGGCAGACCUCGACAAACGCUUGAAUCGAGAACGUAGGGAUAUACACAAUGCAGAGUUGAUUCCUUUAAGUUUGCUUAUAACAUCGAAAAUAUCUUCACGCUUUGCGAACACGCUUGUAACAAGUAAGUUGCAAAACAAAUCUCCCAACAAUCGUGAGGCUAAGUUUGUCGUCCACCUCCCGGAAACAGCUUUUAUCUCCAACUUCUCGAUGGUAGUGAAUGGAAAACAUUUCAUUGCGCGUGUGAAGGAAAAGAACGUAGCGAAAACGGAAUACGAGAAAGCCAAGAACAACAGCCUAAACACAGGCCUUGUGAGUUCCACUAAAUCUCAACAGGCUUUGCGAGGAAUGGACGUGUUUGAAAUUGCAAUUAAUGUAGCGCCAAACAGUACUGCUGUGUUUCAUCUUAACUAUCAACAGUUGCUUAUAAGGCGAAAAGGAUUCUACGAAGAAACAAUCAGCAUUCGUCCAAAACAGAUUGUUCCCGUUUUAAAUGUUAAUGUCGACAUCGAAGAACCGCAAGACUUGUCUCUCGUAGAGGUCAUGAAAAUUCGCAAAGAUCCAAGCGAUGUACUGGAGAAGGGAAAUCCAUCAGCAGUGGUGACUCAAACAUCGCCGACGUCGGCGCGUAUAACAUACAGUCCAAGUGAAACCGAACAGAGACAACAUGGAAAUGCGGGGGUUGAUGGCGAUUUCAUUAUACGGUACAACGUUCAUCACAAAAAUAAUGCCGGAGUAAUCCAAGUGCUUGACUCCUUUUUCGUUCAGUAUUUCUCUCCCAGUGGUUUAAAUCCAUUGCCAAAAAACGUGGUCUUCGUCAUCGACAUCAGUGGUUCAAUGGAAGGUCAAAAGAUUGAGCAAACGCGCCAAGCCAUGUUAGCUAUCCUCGACCAGCUUCGCGCAGACGAUUCAUUUAACAUCGUCCUAUUUAAUGGUGAUACGGUAAAGUGGAGACCUUCAACCUCGCUCGCAACUAGUGACAAUAUUCAAGCUGGUAAAAACUUUGUCGAACAAAACGUGAACGCAGGAGGCAGUACCAACAUCAACGAAGCUCUUCUUUUGGCUCUAAACCUCCUUGGAGAUAUAGCUCGUCAGGGGGAUUCGUUCGCUGCAGAACAUUUUCCGAUUGUACUGUUUCUGACAGAUGGUGAGCCAACCGAGGGGGUUGUCGACGGUCAGCAGAUCCGUGCUAACAUUCUUAAGGCGAAUACGUUAAAAGCUUCCAUAUUUUCUCUAGGAUUUGGCUUUAACCUAAAUAUGAAUUUGCUUACUGCGCUAUCAGCUGAAAAUGGAGGUAAAGCUCGUCGAAUCUAUCUAGCUAAGGACGCUGCGAGUCAACUAGAAGGAUUUUUUGACGAGAUCAGCACGCCUCUGUUGGUGCGAGUUCGAUUCGAGUAUCCUCAGGACAUGGUAGAUAACACACAAGUCACAGCUACAGAAUUUUCUCAGUAUAACGAUGGAUCGGAGCUUGUUGUGUCUGGAAAGCUUAAGGAAGGACUCAGUGAUUCAAGGCUGAUGCCUGUUAAUAUUCGGGGUAUCUCUAGCAUCAAACCCGUCUUUUAUACUCUGACACACACUCUCCAAAACCUAACCGUCUCACCAGAUGAGGUGUUAGUCAAAGACUUUCCUGAGAGGCUGUGGGCUUACAUGAAAAUUAAGGAGCUGUUACUCGAUCUCCUGAUAACGGAAAAUUUAGAGGAAAAGGCUCGGCUGAAAUCAGAAGCGCUGAAUAUUUCAUUGAAGUACAACUUCGUUACGCCGCUCACAUCCUUCGUAGUUGUUGAGUCAGAUUCUUUUUUAAAAGAUGAGAACUCUCAUGUACAAGGUGGAUCGGUUUUCAACGGUAAAGGAGUCAACUCGUACGACUUACGCGCAUCAGCUGCAUGCAAACCUCCGUCCGUUGAGUUGUUAAUUUUUGUUAUGACCUUGUUUUUAGUGCGAUAUUCGUUCGUAAGUCUUCACUGCAUAGCAUAACAUGGAGAUUAUUUUAUUUAUAGCAUAACAAGGAGAUUACUUAUUUUCAAUGCUGCUUGCGUAGUGUUCGUUACUGCGAAGAUCACUUUCAUGUUCAUUUCUUCAUCUGCAGUUCAUACUUUCGAUUAUCACAUAUUCACAACCAUUUAUGACUUCUGAUGUUGUUACAGCUUUUAUUGUGCAGCUUUGAGCGUAUGCUCUUUAUUCUAAUAAUAGGACUGUUGAAACUGCAUUACGCAAGUUGAGCGUAAGCGUCGAAAACGUUAACCAUUGAUAAUAAUGAACACAUACUUCUAGUAUCCUUAUAUAAAAUGCGACGAACUCACUGACUGUUAUCCCUUCACUGAUUUGUGCUUCCUAAUGAUCGAUAGAAAGAAGGAGUAGAUGAAAGCUUAAUUUACUGCCAUCCCUAGGUGUGUUUAAAGUAUUAACACUUUAAAAAAAAAAACUAUUAACACUCCAUGGCUACCACAUGCGGCAAUUUUUCAAUUUUUAAUUAGGCCAGCCUCUAAACCAGGCCUUAACAGCAAAGUCUUUCCUCUACGCAUAACGAUCCAUAAUUGCCACUUUCAGGCUCAGGAUGCAUCAAGGCUCCAAAACUAGAACAAGCAAUGAAUCAAACAAUAUUUGGCCUCGCAACCAAUACAGAUGCAGCUUUCAACUCACAUCUUGUUAGCUUCGGAAACAAAGGUGAUAUGAUUUCUAACUCAGUAGUUGAUCGCAUAAGUUCAGCCUCUUCUGUUAAUCUAAUGGAAUAUGUAAGAUUGGCCCUGGUGCGCAGUACCGAAGUCCUUUUGCAAGUACCAUAAAGUAGAGAGCAACAUGAAUAAGAAAUCCCAGGUACAUUGGCAGACCUGCCUCAAAGAGGAAUACCAGGGUUUGAUCUUGUAUUUCACACCUAAGGAAAUAAAAUUUUUAGAAAAAACAAA